CAGUAUCAGACGUUUUCCGCAUACACACCAAUUUUGUGUUUUUAGGUUAUGGUUCAAAUAAAGUUCACAAAUCAAAAUAAACUGAAUGAACUCCAGCCCCCAAAUAUGCUAAACCGACAAAACUAUUCAUAAUUCCGCAACUUAAACAAUUUCCCGUGUGUUCUUGUUGCAAAUUAAAUUAUUCCAAUGUUUUCUAUUUGUAAACAAACGCACCCUGCCACGGGGGUGGAACACGCAAUUUCGUGCCAUUUUUUCAGCAAGUCUGAGAAAAGUUUAGUUACGUCAGGGGCCAACGUAAUCAAAGUGUUUCGCCUGAUCCCAGACAUUGACACAAAAACCAGAAUUGAUAAAUUUAAUGGUAUGCAAAAACGUUGCAUUUUCACCAGUUUACACUGCUUUUCCACAUUUUUAGAAACAAACCCUCCGAAGUCUAAGCUAGAAUGUGUGGCUCAAUACACUUUGUUUGGAAAUAUCAUGUCCAUGCAAAGCGUAAAUCUUGCAAACUCGCCCAGAGACGCUCUGUUAUUAGCGUUCAAAGACGCAAAAUUAUCAGUGGUGGAAUAUGACCCCGAAACGCACGAUUUGAAGACUCUGAGCUUGCACUACUUUGAGGAAGAUGACAUGAAGGACGGUUGGACCCACCAUUACCAUGUGCCUAUGGUGCGAGCUGAUCCUGAAAACCGCUGCGCUGUUAUGACCGUUUUCGGCCGAAAAUUGGUAGUUCUUCCUUUCAGGCGUGAAAACGCAAUUGAUGACACCGAUGCUGAUAUUAAGCCAAUGAUUGGUGGAGCUUACGGUUCAAAAGCGCCAAUCUUGGCCUCAUAUAUGAUUGUUUUAAAGGACUUUAUCGAUAAAGUUGACAACAUAAUAGACAUCCAGUUCUUGCACGGUUAUUACGAACCAACGCUCCUGAUUUUAUUCGAGCCUUUGAAAACUUUUGCUGGGCGCGUCGCUGUGCGAACUGAUACGUGUGCCAUGGCUGCAAUUUCCCUCAACUUGCAGCAAAAAGUGCACCCGAUUAUUUGGAGUGUUGCAAAUUUGCCGUUUGAUUGUGUAAAAGCCGUCCCUAUUAAAAAACCGCUCGGUGGCACGUUGAUUUUUGCAGUAAAUGCACUAAUUUAUCUAAAUCAAAGUAUUCCACCGUAUGGGGUUUCCUUGAACAGUAUUGCCGAAAAUUCAACAAAUUUUCCAUUAAAACCGCAGGACGAUUUAUGUAUAAGUCUAGAUUGUGCACAAGCCACGUUUUUGGAAGACGAUACAAUUGUCUUGUCUCUGAAAGGGGGCGAACUUUACGUCCUAACUUUGCUGGCAGACAAUAUGCGAUAUGUUAGGAGUUUUCAUUUUGAGAAAGCUGCAGCCAGUGUUCUCACAACAUGUAUCUCUGUAUGUGAGAACAACUUUUUGUUCCUCGGCUCGCGCCUCGGAAACUCCCUUCUUUUGCGCUUCACUGAAAAAUGCAACGAAGUCAUAACUCUGGAUGAAACGAUCGAACCGAGCGCCAAACGCCUGAAAGCUAGCAAUAGUACAAGUGAAAAUGAGGACGAUAAAGUCCUGGACACGUUAAACGAUUGUAUGGCUAGUGAUGUGUUAGAUAUUCGCGAUCCGGAAGAACUGGAAGUGUACGGAAAUCAAAAGCAAGCCAGUCUUCAAAUAUCAAGCUACGUCUUUGAAGUCUGUGAUAGUUUACUCAACAUUGGCCCUUGUGGCAAUAUCUCGCUAGGAGAACCGGCUUUUCUGAGCGAGGAAUUUUCCGAAAACCUUGAUUUAGAUUUGGAACUUGUUACAACAGCAGGGUAUGGGAAAAACGGGGCGCUUUGUGUGUUACAGAAGUCUGUAAGGCCGCAAAUUGUGACCACUUUUACGCUACCUGGGUGCUCCAAUAUGUGGACUGUGCAUGCCGGGGAGGACAAACAUGCGUUUCUCAUUUUGAGUCAAGAGGACGGCACUAUGAUUUUGCAAACGGGUGACGAAAUCAACGAAAUCGAUAAUACGGGCUUUGCCACUCACAUCCCGACCGUUUACGCUGGUAAUUUAGGAAACUUGAAGUACAUUGUGCAGGUUACAAGCAGCGCUGUGCGACUUUUACAAGGGAUAAACCAAUUGCAACACAUUCCCCUGGAAUUGGGGUCCCCCAUAGUCCACGUGACAAGUGUCGACCCCUACAUUUCCCUACUAACAACAGACGGUCAAGUGAUCACACUCAUGCUCCGGGAAGCCCGAGGGGUCGCUAAACUAGUCAUAAGCAAAUCAACUCUGUCAAACUCGCCCCCCGUCACCACCAUAUGCAUGUACCGCGACGUUUCGGGCCUUUUCACGUCGAAAAUCCCCGAGGAUUUCACGCACAUCCCCGAGCAUUUCAUAAACGAAUCCGAGACGAAAAUGGAAGUGGAAAACGAGGACGAUCUGCUCUAUGGAGACGACAGCGAUUUUAAAAUGCCAACUCUGAACCCACCACAGCCCAAACCGAAAGUUUACUACAACUGGUGGAAAAAAUAUUUGUUGGACGUCCGGCCUUCGUAUUGGCUUUUCGUCGUACGCGAAAAUUCCAAUUUGGAGAUUUACUCAAUCCCCGAUUUUAAAUUGUGUUAUUACAUCACGAAUUUGUGCUUCGGUCAUAAAGUCCUGGUCGAUAAUUUGGAAUCGGUGACGAUUUCAGCCUCGACACCCAUUUCCGCGGCACAUGAAGCCAAUAUCCAGAGGCAGUUCGAUGUUAAGGAAAUUCUCGUCGUUGCGUUGGGAAACCACGGCUCAAGACCACUUUUAAUGGUCAGAUUGGAGCGCGAUUUGUACAUUUAUGAAGUGUUUAGGUUUCCGAGAGGGAAUUUGAAAAUGCGCUUCAGGAAAAUCAAACAUUCGCUGAUUUAUUCGCCAAAUGUGUCUGGGAGAAUUGACACGGAAGAUUCGGAUUUUUUCGCAAUACAGGAGCGCAUUAUUAAAAUGCGAUACUUUACCAACAUUGCAGGUUAUAAUGGCGUUUUUGUAUGUGGGGCCAACCCACAUUGGAUUUUUAUGUCAGCCAGGGGCGAGCUAAGGACACAUCCCAUGACAAUUGACGGCGAAGUGCUCAGUUUUGCGGCUUUUAAUAAUGUGAACUGUCCACAAGGUUUUCUUUAUUUCAACAGAAAGUCUGAGUUGAGAAUUGGAGUUCUCCCAACCCACCUAAGCUACGACGCCGCCUGGCCGGUCCGUAAGGUCCCCCUCAGGUGCACCCCACACUUCGUAACAUACCAUUUAGAAUCAAAAACCUACUGCUUGGUUACAAGCAUCGCCGAACCAUCGAACAAAUAUUACAAAUUCAACGGCGAAGACAAAGAAUUGUCGGUUGAAGACAGAGGCGACCGAUUUCCAUACCCCCUUCAGGAAAAAUUCAGUCUCAUGCUAUUUUCGCCAGUAUCUUGGGACGUGAUCCCCAAUACUAAAAUUGAUUUAGACGAGUGGGAGCACGUGAAUUGUUUGAAAAACGUUUCUUUGGCUUAUGAAGGCACAAGAUCGGGUUUGAAAGGCUACAUUGCAGUGGGGACCAAUUAUAAUUACGGAGAGGAUGUGACGUCUCGUGGGCGGAUUCUGAUUUUUGAUAUCAUUGAGGUGGUUCCAGAACCGGGCCAACCUCUGACCAAAAACAGGUUUAAGGAAAUAUAUGCCAAGGAUCAGAAAGGGCCUGUUACGGCCCUAAGCCAAGUCAAAGGUUUUCUAGUCUCAGCAGUGGGGCAAAAAAUUUAUAUUUGGCAGUUGAAAGACAAUGAUUUGGUCGGUGUCGCCUUCAUAGACACGCAAAUAUACACGCACCAGAUUCUAACAAUUAAGAGUUUGCUGCUUGUGGCAGAUGUUUACAAGUCCAUAUCACUCCUCCGUUUUCAAGAGGAAUACCGGACGUUGUCACUUGUUUCAAGGGAUUUUCGGCCCUGUGAGGUAUUUUCGGUUGAGUACAUGAUCGAUAACACAACGAUGGGCUUUCUUGUCUCAGACAGUGAAAAAAAUUUGGUUUUGUACAUGUAUCAGCCCGAAUCGAGGGAGUCUUUAGGGGGGCAAAGGCUACUUCGCAAAGCUGAUUUUCACUUGGGACAAGCUGUUAACUCGUUCUUUAGGAUUAAGUGCAAACUUGGUGAGUUGGGAGAAGACAAGAAAAAUUUAACGGGCGCUGACAAGCGCCAUAUCACUAUGUAUGCAACUUUGGAUGGAGGUCUUGGCUACAUAAUGCCGGUUCCUGAAAAAACUUACCGCAGACUGUUGAUGUUGCAAAAUGUGCUGGUCUCCCAAGGAGCACACAUUGCUGGAUUAAAUCCCAAAGCAUUUAGGACGUACAAAAGCUGGAAGAAGCUUCAGACCAAUCCGGCCCGAUCUGUAAUUGACGGUGAACUCGUCUACAACUAUCUACAGUUAUCAAUUCCAGAAAAAUUAGAAGUUUCGAAAAAGAUAGGAACUAAACUAGAGGAGUUACUUGAUGAUCUAUCGGACAUUCAGAAAAUUACAAAUCAUUUUUAAGUUCGUUUUUUACCAAAAUAAAAGAUAUCACACA